CGGAUGAGCAGUCACGGCGCGGUUGCCCCCUCCCUCUGAAGGCGGCAGCUGUCGGGGUCCGGGGGUGGAGGGGUCGCGGCAGGGCAGAGCGCGCCCGGCCGUCCCCGAGCUGAGACGUUUAAAGAGCAUGUGAGCGUGACAAGUGUCUGCGCAACGUGUUCGAUUUCGAAACUGCCAUGCAAUCCAAUCCGGAACUCGCAGCUCUAGCCUCGGGCAGCAGACAGACAUUCGCCCUGGGUGUCUCCGUCUCGUACACCCACCCCCCAGCCCCACGGUGGCCGUGGGAGGAAGAGCCCCGGAGGAGAGGGUGCGCCGCGCCGCGCCCGCGUGUCCAAGGCAGCCGCGCGUUCUGGAAGAAGUUGCUGCUUGUCCCGAAUACUUUUCCUCUCGCGCCGCGCCCCGCCCCUUGAAUCACCAGCCCGCUGUCUACGGCGGCUGGAGCAGGCUUCGUGGAGUUCGGGGCAGCUGUCAAAAAGCGAGAGGCUUUUCCUCCCCGGGGUGGAGGAGGGGAGGGAGGGGGCGUCCUCUUUUCCAUCUGUUGCAAUUUCCUAGCCGGGCGCGCGCUCGCCAGCCCUGGGAAGAAAGGCCCGAAGGCCGGGCGAGGGAUGCGGGCGGCGCGCGCGCAGCCUGCGGGGACUAUCGCGUUUCUGGGCUCGGGCACCCCCACGGGGGGCCGGUGACAGCGGCCGGGUCCCCACGGCGGCGGCGGCGCUCCGUCCGGUCGGGCCCGGACCUCCCGUACCUUCCCUCGCGCCCGCACUCUGACAGCGCGGAGGUGCGCCGGCGGGAGCGGGGAACAAAGGAGCGCGGUGGGGAGCGGAGCCCUAACCGGCUGCCCAGCGUCCGGGCGGGAGGAAGCCCGAGUGUCACUCGCGUUCCAGCCAAGGAGCGGGCGCCCGCGAUCUGAGCGCCUUGUGGAGCAAUAACGGCUGGAGCGCGUCCUACAAGUUACCGGAGAGCCGGCGGCGCAGGAGGUCGGCCGCUUGUCCCCCGAGACCCCAGCCCUGCCCCGCGCUGGGAGGGCCGGCUCAGCAUGAAGAGCAAGAAAGGUGUUGUUGCGGUGUCCGGGAGUGAGACAGAAGAUGAGGACAGCAUGGACAUCCCCCUGGACCUUUCCUCUUCUGCCAGCUCCAGCAAGAGGAGGAGAAGGGGCAACCUGCCCAAGGAGUCCGUGCAGAUCCUGCGGGACUGGCUGUUUGAGCACCGGUACAACGCCUACCCUUCGGAGCAAGAGAAAGCGCUGCUGUCGCAGCAGACGCACCUGUCCACACUACAGGUCUGCAACUGGUUCAUCAACGCUCGCCGCAGGCUCCUCCCCGACAUGCUGAGAAAGGACGGCAAAGAUCCCAAUCAGUUCACGAUUUCCCGCCGUGGGGCCAAGAUUUCUGAGGCCAGCUCUCUGGAGGCUGCGAUGGGCAUCAAAAACUUCGUGCCAGCCCUGGAGGACAGCCCGGUGCAUUCCUGCACAGCUGGACCAAACCCGCCCCUCGGCCGGCCGCUGUCCCCGGGGCCUGUGCUGCCUCGCCCCUCCGUGAUCUGCCACACCACGGUGACUGCCUUGAAAGACGUGUCUUUCUCCCUGUGCCAGCCGGUUGGCACAGACACGGAGCAGACAGCGGCCAGCAGCUUCACAGAGACCUCCCUGGGGUACCCGGAGGACACGUGUAAAUCGGGGUCCAGUACAAACGCGCAGAGCGGGCUCUUCAAUACCCCUCCGCCCACUCCCCCGGACCUCAACCAGGAUUUUAGCGGAUUUCAGCUUCUCGUGGACGUGGCGCUCAAACGGGCUGCGGAGAUGGAGCUUCAGGCAAAACUCACCGCAUAACCCCUCCACCGAGCGCGUUGUGAGUGCCGGGGUGAUGGCGAGAGAUGGACUGCAUUAUUUUAUAUAUUUUUUUAUCAAUAUUUGCACAAGGCAUUGCUAAAACGAAGCUUCCUGUUACUGAGAUGUCGAUGGAAUACAGUCAUUCCAAGAACUAUAAACUCAAAGCUACUGUAGAAACAAAGGGUUUUCUUUUUUAAGUGUUUCUUGGUAGAUUAUUCAUAAUGUGAGAUGGUUCCCAAUAUCAUGUGAUUUUUCCAACCCUCCCCCCGCCCUUUUCCCCUUUUUUGUUGUUUUUUUUUUUCUCCAGACUGUGCAAUACUUAGAGAACCUUAGCAUCUCCCAUUCCCGUGUGGAGCAGGAUGUCCACGUACUGUCUAAUUAAUAAAUUUUCAGUUUUUUUCAAACAAGUA